AUGUACUAUUUAUUGUCGUUCCUCCCGGCUAUUAUGCUAACAGCCGCAGCGCAGAUCAGCAACGCUAGCAAAUGCCAUGCCGAGGUAUCCGACGAGUUCCGACAGACCGCACUGUACCGCUUCAAUUUCUACCGCGAGAUGCUAGCCUACGGAAUCGCACCCAACCAGACCGGCGCGCUGCCCGGUGCCAAGAAUAUGUAUAAACUUACAUACGACUGCGCUCUUGAACAUGUUGCUUAUAAAUUUACCUCCAGAUGCGCCAGGCUAGUACGCAACCGGAAGGAGGACACGCGUCGGCUGCUCUUACCGGAUGAAGUGCCGAGCAAAAAAAUCCGAUGCGUCCCUUUCGAUAUUAUAUGGCUUGUGUUUUUGAUACGAGCGCCUCGAGUUAUGGAGAUCCUGCUUACGAAGCCGGCUCUAAAUGCGCUCAGGAUUCCGAUUGUACGACGUAUCCAGGAAGCAGUUGUGAUGCAGCCAGGGGGCUAUGCGAGAACAGUGAUUAACCCGCAAUGUCCCAAGGCCGCUUACAGCCUAACCGGCACUCAACGUGAUCUCGUCGUCAACACUCACAACCAGCUGAGAUCGAGCCUGGCCCUGGGCAACGAGCCCGAUCGUGCUGGGUUCAAUGCCCCGCCGGCCAGGAGGAUGACCAAGAUGAGGUACAGCUGCGAGGCCGAGAAAUCGGUCUACAAAUGGACGACGCCAUGUCCCGCUUCAGAUUUUCUAAAGCGAAACAAUACCGGCGAAAAUACGUACUAUAGGGCCGGUUACGUGGAGCCGGUUGAUGCACUGAAGGAGGCAAUGCAACAAUGGUGGGGCGAAUUAACGCAAUAUGGCGUUGGACCUGACGUAAAUCUGACGGAUGCCGUUUGGCAAAGAGGUGUUCAGCAUUAUACUCAGAUGGCCUGGCAAGAAACCACCGAAGUGGGUUGCGGUUGGGCAUAUUGCAAUGGCUUCACCUUCGUCGUCUGUAAAUAUAAACCGGCUGGUAAUAACAUGAAUCAACUCAUAUACGAGCCCGGACCGGCCUGCCAAACUGAUGCGGAUUGCGGAAGCGGACGAAUAUGUUUAGUGGAUGAAGCCUUAUGCCACUGGUACGACUGCUCCCUCGAAGACAUCGCGUACCAAUUCACGUCUACGUGCGGAAAAUUGGCAGUUACACCUCCGAACACCGUUUGGAUGUCCGGAUACUUGGCCCUAGACGACAUUUCGCGGCUCCCAAGUAUACUCCAAUCGAUGAUGCGUUAUUAUAUAGCUGAAGCGACAACAGUUGGGUUUGCUGCUGACUGGGUGAACGUUUCGACGGAGACCAGUUCUUGGGCAGAACUAGCAACGGGACGCCGCACCCGUGUCGGCUGCGCGUAUAAUUUGAACUGUCCGGCUCUCGGAUACCUAAUGGCCUGCGUUUUUGACACGAGGGCCGCCGACAUUGGAGAGCUAGCAUAUCAAGUUGGCGAUGGCUGCGCAACCGAUUCGGAUUGUACCACGUAUCCGGGAAGUAAAUGUGAUGCCGCUAGAAGUCUGUGCGAGUACAAAUAUAGUGAUACGAGGGUUAGCUCGAAAUGUCCUGGCACGACAUCAAUGAUGACGGAUGCGCAGCGCGACCUCGUGCUCGACUGGCAUAACCAUUUGAGAUCAGGCUUAGCAAGAGGCGUUGCUGACGUUGCCUUCGGCUAUGCUCCAACGGCAAAGAGGAUGACCAAAAUGACGUAUAGUUGCGAGGCGGAGAAAACUGCAUAUGAAGUGGCUUCUCGAUGCUAUUAUUCUCAAUCCACGAAUAAGGGAGAAAAUGUGUAUAUUAACAGCUUUAGCUAUCAAGAUCCGGCUGACGCGCUCAAUGAGGCCAUUCAAGGCUGGUGGAAGGAGUCUAGCUCCGUGAGCAGCAUGAGUUUCCCAAACCUCACCGAUUCCACGUUGAUAUCCGCACGACACUUUAGUCAGAUGGCGUGGCAAGAAACAACCGAAGUUGGCUGCGCUUGGGCUCAUUGCGUCAGUUUUACCUACGUUGUCUGUCAUUACCGCCCGCCAGGAAAUGAACUGUAUCGGCUCGUCUACGAACCCGGACCGCCUUGCAAAACAGACGCAGAUUGUGGAAGCCGAAGAAAAUGUCUUGUGAAUGAAGGCCUAUGCCAAGUAUUACAAAAU